GCGGAGAGGGGGCGGGGAGAAAACGGGGAAGAGAUCGGGGAGUAAAAAAAGAGAAAAUAAAAAGAUCAGCGCUUGAAAAGUGUCCAUAACAAACACCAUCUAACGAGGAACUGGCACCCACGCAAGGAGCUGCGGGGUCGGCUUCGUCUCGGUGUGCGACCACGAAGACGCAACAGAGAGCGAAAGUGUCAGGUGCGGAUUUGAUGACGGCUGGAAGAGGGAAGACGGCCCGGAGAUGAGAUGAGCUGACGGUCACGACACAGGAACAAGUUGGACGAGGAGGAGGAGGAACAACAACACUGGUUGUCCUACGGUCCUACGUUUGAUUUUCACACGCAGCAUCGGCCGUCGACGCCGAGUUAACGCCGCGUACAGGAAAGGGGGACGGGGGCCGAAUCCUCGGGGGAAACUCGACUCGUCUACCGCGGGACAGCGCGCCGACAAGACCUCUCGUUUGUGCCGAUGCCCACGGCAGACUGCAGGCUGCUCCAUCAUGGCCGGAUCAUGAGGUGCCUGACCUGCCUCCUCCUUCUGCCAGACACCCUGAGAAAGUCCAAGAAGCUCGGCGGGCUCCCGGGCAGGCUGCCGCUGUCUUACGACGUCCCGAGCAGCAAGAAGCAUAAGAAGAUGGCCGCGGAGCUAUGUCCCGCCGGCAACGGCAACCUGGCCAGCGGCACCACGGUGGCGGACGCGGAGAAGACCAAGGAGGCGCCGGUCAACCAGGCCGCCAGCGGAGGCGGAGGCGGCGGGGACGGCGAAGGAGGCGCGGCGGCCACCAGCCCGACCACCCAGCAGAACAUCAGCAACAACAACACCGUGGAACCCAGAAGCUGGCAGUGCAGCCACCCCACGCUGAGGGAGAGGAACGCCUUAAUGUUCAACAACGAGCUGAUGGCUGACGUCCACUUCAUCGUGGGUCCCCCGGGGGGGUCACAGAAGGUUCCAGCACACAAGUAUGUGCUGGCCGUGGGAAGCUCCGUCUUCUGCGCCAUGUUUUACGGCGAUCUGGCGGAGGAGGAGUCUGAGAUCCACAUCCCAGAUGUGGAGCCCGCUGCUUUCCUAAUUCUGCUCAAGUACAUGUACAGUGACGAGAUCGAGCUCGAGGCGGACACGGUGCUGGCCACCCUGUAUGCUGCCAAAAAGUAUAUCGUCCCGGCGCUGGCCAGAGCCUGCGUUAACUUCCUGGAGACCAGCCUGGAGGCCAAGAACGCUUGCGUCCUGCUCUCGCAGAGUCGCCUGUUCGAGGAGCCCGAGCUGACGCAGCGCUGCUGGGAAGUGAUAGACGCCCAGGCCGAGCUGGCGCUGCACUCCGAGGGCUUUUGCGAGAUCGACCUGCAGACGCUGGAGAUCAUCCUACGGCGGGAGACGCUCAAUACCAAGGAGGCGGUGGUGUUUGAGGCGGUCAUGAGCUGGGCCGCCGCCGAGUGCCAGAGACAGGGGCUGGGGCCCACCACCCGCAACAAGCGUCAGGCAUUGGGGAAGGCGUUGUUCUUGGUGCGCAUCCCCACCAUGAGUCUGGAGGAGUUUGCCAACGGGGCAGCCCAGUCCGACAUCCUCACCCUGGAGGAGACGCACAAUAUGUUCCUGUGGUACACAGCCACCAACAAGCCCAAAGUGGACUUCCCCCUGACCGCCAGGAAGGGCCUGGCGCCACAGAGGUGCCACCGUUUCCAGUCCUCAGCCUACCGGAGCAACCAGUGGCGGUACCGCGGCCGCUGCGACAGCAUCCAGUUCGCCGUGGACAAACGGAUCUUUAUCGCCGGGCUGGGACUGUACGGCUCGAGCGGCGGCAAGGCCGAGUACAGCGUCAGGAUCGAACUCAAGAGGCAGGGCGUCGUCCUGGCCCACAACUUGACAAAGUUUGUGUCGGACGGAUCGAGCAGCACCUUCCCCGUGUGGUUUGAGCACCCGGUGCAGGUGGAGCAGGACGCCUUCUACACGGUCAGCGCCGUGCUGGAUGGCAACGAGCUCAGCUACUUUGGCCAGGAGGGAAUGACGGAGGUGCAGUGUGGAAAGGUGACCUUUCAGUUCCAGUGCUCCUCGGACAGCACCAACGGCACUGGAGUGCAGGGGGGACAGAUCCCCGAGCUGGUCUUCUACGCCUGAGGACAGGAAGUGAGGGUUCUCCUCAUGGCCUUCCAGUCACGUAGCAUCACAAAACACGGAGCUGCUAGUUCUCAGACUCUUCUAGAAGCCACGUGUGCUCCACUAAUUUAAUUUAAUUUAACGUUAUUUUUUAUUUAAAACUUUGUUCUUUCUUCUGCUGUUGCCAUGGAAACACAGCAGCAGUCACGUGAUCCAGCCAAGCCACGCUACUGGACCCAAGUUGGUCUCACUGCUCUUCCUCCGUGAAGAACUUUAUGUUCUGGCUCUUCAAUGCAAAACGUGGCUUUGUUGUUGUUUUGCACUUGAGGACACGUCCUCAGUUUGGCGUCUUUUGGUUGAAAGUGUUGGAACAUCUCCAUGCCCACACCCGAUGACAUAAAGCUUUGAAUGCCAUCCCAACUGCACACCUUGCAUGGGUUCUGGUUUCUGUGUGACGGGGGGAGGGGGGCGUUGGAGACAUUCGAGGGGCAGCAGCGCCCUCUGGGCUGCCCAGGGUGAACUGCACCUCCUAGUACUCAUACUGUUUGGGUCAGUACAACUUCAAUAAUGUUACGUAUACCGCAUACACGGUACAUUUUAUUGACGCGUUAUUCAGCAGACACUCAUCUACCAAGAUAUUAAAUAAAUAUGCAGAAUUCCUACAUUUAAAACAAUAUGUUAAUGUUAGGGCUGCACGGCGGUCGAGUGGUUAGCAUGUAGGCCUAGUUCAACUCGAGUUCAAUUCCACCCUCGGCCAUCUCUGUGUGGAGUUUGCAUGUUCUCCCCGUGCAUGCGUGGGUUUUCUCCGGGUACUCCGGUUUCCUCCCACAUUCCAAAAACAUGCUAGGUUAAUUAGCCACUCCAAAUUGUCCAUAGGUAUGAAUGUGAGUGUGAAUGGUUGUUUGUCUAUAUGUGCCCUGGGAUUGGCUGGCCACCAGUCCAGGGUGGACCCCGCCUCUCGGCCCAAGACAGCUGGGAUAGGCUCCAGCACCCCCGUGACCCUCGUGAGGAUAAGCGGUAGAAAAUGAACGAAUGUUUAUGUUAUUGUGCUUGUACAACUGUACUGCGAUACCGAGACCGCUACUAUUUGAUAUCACAUUUAGCUACAUUUGAGGGUGAAAAUAUUUUGGUAGGUUGGUAGUUGUAACAAAAAAUGAUCAAACAUAUUAAGUGAAUACUCGUGACGACCAAAAGUCAACAUUAUCUUUGUGAAGAAUGCGAGGACAGUACCUAUAGCUGGAGCCUUGAUGCACAGUUCUUUGGACAGGGCCAGGAAGGUUCUGCCUAAAGUGUACACGUUGACCUGUGGAACAGAGCAACACUUUCAUCUUCUGCAAUUCUUAUUGGAGGGAAGAACAGGAAACAGAAUUAACUAAAUUGGAUCGAUGAUGGUGAGAGCGGGACAGGUGGGCAGCAGCCUGAAGCCCACCGUGUGGUCAGCAGCCCCUCCCACCACAGAUGUUUCAUUGUCCCGGAGCCAGGACACCCCCAGAAGGCUCGUCGUGCCACCCUCUCCCCUGACUGGGUGAAAGGCCGUGCUGCAUGACAAAGACGCGAGGCCACACGUCUUUUGACUUCCUUUCCGUCAUACAACACAAUGACGCGUGCACAGAAGGCCUCUGAUCUCCAGCACUGCCCUUGGGGGGUGGACAUGUUUGGACCCCCCCCCUUAAGGAUUCAACAGGCGACAGACACACAGCUAUUCUGGGAAGAGGAUUCCAGCUGGGAAUUUAGAUGCAAAUGCAGGAAUGCUGUUUGAUGGAAAACAAUCAACAAAGUUCUUCCAUUUCAUGUGCUAACCUUGCUAGCCAUGCUUCCACUCGUAGAUGGUAGAUGGUGGCUGGCGGCCAAACGCACAGCAACAUCCAAAUGUUGCAAAUACAGAAUCCAUCCAAAUCAGAAAACACACACAAAAAGGGGAAAUGCUGCAAAUGCCAAACAGCUUCAAACCACAAACGCUGCAAGUUGACACAACAAGACAGAAGGUAGCCUGGGAUAGCUGAUGACUAUAACUGAUAACUGUACCAUUUUACACAAUGAUAGAUCCAUUCUUCCCUGCAUCCCACUCAUGUCUUCAAAAACGGAUAUCCCUCAGGUCUGGCAUCCCUGGCAUCCCUGGCAUCCCUGGCAUCCCUGGCAUCCCUGGCAUCCCUGGCAUCCCUGGCAUCCCGGCCAACUUUCAGUGGUCUUGCAUUACUCUCAUGCAGCCGUAUUGGGACUUUGUAUGUUUUUGCUUGUGCAGCAUAUUUAGGACAGCAUUUUGAUGUGUUUUACGGUGGUUUUGGUUUUAGAUGAUUUCUCUUUGCCACCCUAGUCACCGAACUGACAAGAUUAGCUUGUGACCAUAGCAACGAUCUAACAGCAGAAGGGUCAGGCAGCUAUUUAGUGACAGACUGGAAGCGCCAAACAUAGCAAAAUGUUCCUUUUUAGGAAGCAACGAACAAAACGUGAGAAAACUAUCAGGUUCUAAAUUGAAGAACAUUUUAUGUGUCAAAACUACCAACCACAGCAAUCCCUCCACACUGCACACACAAUGGCUUCAGUGUUUACCAGACUAUGCGCCUCGUGUGGCCGUCCACGUUAAGGACAGUACGUUCGAUUCCCCUCAUGUGGCUGAUUGAUUCAUCACAUACACAGACAGUGUGUGUACACAUGACUGGAGGUCAGCGUGGACUGGGGGGGGGUGGGUUGGUGAGCCUUCUCCGGGACAACUGGUUGGAUAAAAAUACACCCCACUCCCAACCAGCUGCGACCCCCCCCCCUUACUCACUUCUAAACUUAUGCACACACGACUCAGCCUUAGUCACAUUACAAGAUUCCAUAAUGGCAGGGGUGUCCAAACACAGGGCGCACACUUAAAAUGGUUACAGUAUAUUUUGGCUUCACUAUGAAAUGAUUGUGGGUAGUGUAUGUGCAAGUAAUAUUCACUUUUUUCAGGCAGCCGAUACAGAUUGUACGAGCCACACAAGCCAUGCGGGCUACAAUGGGAAGUAGUGUGUAAACAGCACACUCUGGUGGACCGAUGUGUGAACUACAACAUUACUCCAUUCACACGUUAAAAGCAAAUGAAUAUAAAUGACAGUAGAGCAACUCUUACCUGUAAGACGUCACUGAGGUCCAAAAGCAUGUCUGAUGAAGACCAGUUAAGUCCAUAUGUCCAUUGCUUCAAAACAACUUCAAGUCAACCAGCCGGAAACCUUGUGGUAAAAAAAGGUAGCAGAGGGGAUCAAUCACGUCCAAGCGUGCGUCAGCAGCCAAGUGAUCAAAGUGCCGAGUCACUCUCAGCAGGAUUACGGAAGUGAGAGGGGAAAAAAAAAGGAUACGCGGCGUCCCCUCGGUGCGACAAACCAGGUAGAUGCAGGCGGCCAUGACGUGCGCAGACCUGCGCCCGCUCGUCAAGUGCUUGGCGAGCGCCAUCUUGUAGAAGUUGAAGGCGGUGUCAAGACAGUGCUGGUUGAGCUGCAGCUGGUGCCCCAGCGUGGUGAUGUGUUGCUUGGCUGCAAACGUGUUCCAAUGUUGUCAACAUGCGUGUUAGUAUGUUGUCAAUUACUUUGUCCUUCAGUGGAAAACUAUAAAAUACAAAUUAAGUUGCGACCAACAAAACGUUUCCGAACCGCCGCCAUCCUGACAACUCGGGGUGCACAAUAACUAUCGGAGGGCCAAUAUGAGGAAUUAUGACAUCAUACCGAUAACUUUGUUUUCUUAUAAGUUCAAAAAAUGUUUUUCUCUUUUAAGAUUUCAACUCUAUGCUACUAAAAUGACGUUAUUUGUCCACGUGUCACACAUCCUCACAAUUAACUCUUAAUAUUUGACUUUACUCUCAAAAAAUGAUUGCUGAUUAUUACAUUUUUUAUGUUUUCUUAUUAAAUGACAUUUAUACAAUACACCGCAGGCCAAUAACAACCAGCCAAAGGCCGCAAAUGGCCCCAGACUUUAAGCUUCUGAUGGAGGGCAUGCAUUGUCGCCCUCUGCUGUCCGCUCACCUCUCUGCAGCGUCUGGGCUCGUGACUCCUUGCCGGCACUGGCCAGGUGACCAUCUCCAAAAGAUGGAAGCUUUGCUCCGCCUCAAAACGCCAAAACAAAAACAUUAUUAGCUCAAAACAGACACAAUAGCAAACUCUAGCGGACAACUUGUGUAAUUACAACACAGGUCACAGCAGUGUGGAAAGUGAACAAGUGGCCACAGGUUGGGCAGGCUGACGGUCCUGACACGUGACUCACACUUAGAUAAAAGAGCAACAAAAUCAAACUACCUUUUUUGCAUGCGGGCACAAAAUUCCCUACAUCACCUCGUACUUCGGUACAUAAAUAAUAAAUUAAAAAUUAAUUUAAAAAAUGAAAAUUAAUUUA